UCUGCUGCUGUGUCCGAUCUGUGUGGAUGUGCUCACUGAUCCAGUCACCACUCCAUGUGGACACAACUUCUGUAAGAGCUGCCUUACACAGUGCUGGGACAUGAAUAAACACUGUCGCUGUCCAUUAUGUAACAAGAAAUUCACCAAGAGACCUGAACUGAAGAUUAAUACAACACUGAGAGAGGUUGCAGAUUACUUCAAGAAGAAAAGUGGUUCUGACAAACCUGAGGUUCUUUGUGAUGCCUGCAGUGGAGAGAAGCUGAAGGCCCUAAAAUCCUGUCUGGAUUGUGGACUGAGUUUCUGUAAAAUUCAUUUAGAGCCACAUUAUCAUGUUCCAAAACUUAAGAAACACAAACUAAUAAACCCCAUGGAGAACCUGGAGGCCAACAUAUGCCAGAAACAUGAGACAGUUCAGGACCGACUGAAGAAGAUAAAAGAGAUCCAACACUCAGUAGAGCAAAGCAAAAGAAGCACAGAGAAAGAGAAAGCAGACAUUGUUGAAGUCUUCACUGCUCUGAUUCGCUCCACUGAGAGAAGUCAGGCUGAGCUGCUGGAGAUGAUGGAGGAGAAGCAGAAAGCAGCAGAGAGGCAGGCUGAAGGACUCAUUAAAGAGCUGGAGCAGGAAAUCAGUGUGCUAAAGAGGAGAGACUCUGAGCUGGAGCAGCUCUCACACACUGAGGAGCAUCUCCACGUCCUACAGAUUUACUCCUCCAUGUGCAGCCCUCCACACACCAAGAACUGGACUGAGAUCAGCAUUAACACUGAUAUGAGUGGGGACACUGUGAGGACAGCUCUGUCUCGGCUUCAGGAGACUCUGAAUGAGAAAGUCACUAAAUAA